UUAUAUACAUAUAUAUANAUUAUCGUUAACUAGGCCUCGACCAUUGAUGGACGUCGCAAGGGCGCCUGCCUGUUCUGCCAGGAGUACUUCAUGGAUCUGUAUCUGCUGGCCGAGCUGAAGACAAUCAGUCUGAAGGUGACCACAGUGGACAUGCAGAAGCCGCCGCCAGAUUUCCGCACCAACUUCGAGGCGACGCAUCCGCCGAUCCUGAUUGACAACGGCCUGGCCAUACUGGAGAACGAGAAGAUCGAGCGGCACAUCAUGAAGCAUAUACCCGGCGGCUACAAUCUGUUCGUGCAGGACAAGGAGGUGGCGACGCUAAUUGAGAAUUUGUAUGUGAAAUUGAAGCUGAUGCUGGUGAAGAAGGACGAGGCCAAGAACAAUGCGCUGCUCACCCACCUGCGCAAGAUCAACGAUCAUUUGGCCAAUCGCAACACUCGCUUCCUGACGGGCGACACCAUGUGCUGCUUCGACUGUGAGCUGAUGCCGCGCCUGCAGCACAUUCGCGUCGCUGGCAAAUACUUUGUUGACUUUGAGAUACCGACACAUUUGACGGCGCUGUGGCGAUACAUGUAUCACAUGUAUCAGCUGGACGCAUUCACACAAUCAUGCCCAGCCGAUCAGGACAUUAUAAAUCACUAUAAGCUGCAACAGAGUCUCAAAAUGAAGAAGCACGAGGAGCUGGAGACGCCCACGUUUACCACAUCCAUUCCAAUUGAUAUUUCGGAGUAAAGUUUUC